AUGGAGUGGGAAUUCGAAGUAAAUGAUUUGAUUUGGUUUAGCGAAUCAAGUGAAAAUCCCUUCCGGUUUUUGGUAAAGUUUGCCGAAGGAUUAGACGAUCCAUACACGAGGAGAAAGCAUGCCAUUUCAUACGUUGACGCCAAUAAAGCUUUCGAGAAGUAUAUUACCGACUCUGGAUUUUGUAGUCGAGAGGAAAUUGAGGCUCUUAGUGAAGAACAAAGCCGAAGUGUUUUAGUAACAACGGAAAAUCUGCACGGAGCUGCAAGUAGAGCACUGAAAGUUACAGACUUUGUUUCUGGUCUUGAUCUCGGAGAACUACAAGAAAGACUUGUAGAGACAUUUCUUGUUUGUUUGGAUCAAAACUGGAAUUACGUCAUAAGCCAGUUUCAAUACAUAGCAACAUUCGAAACUUUACUAAAAGUAGUUUUGCAGGAUAGCCCUAGCAUGUCUUGGUUGAAAUGGCAGUUUGACUUGACUGGAAGCUCGGUUGAAAUAGCACAAGUCCCGGAAGUAAGCUAUGAGGAUAACAUCAGUGUGGUACAUGUCAAUCCUGAGUAUGAUAUCAUGAUGAGUGUAUCGCAUACUGCUUUGGGACUUGAAGAUCAGGACCAGUGCAUUGCCGAAACGAAAUACCCAGGAUAUUAUUUUGUGAAGGUUCCUUCAUUCUCAGAUGACAGUGAGGAAGAUUUGUUAAAGCUAACGACAUUUAGAAAUUCCAAGUGCUACCUGUCUGCUGCAAAGUUCAGAAGCGAGAUUUAUCAAAUAAUUUAUGACCUCGAGAUGUUUUCGGAUGUGGUUGACAAUAAAACACCAGGAAAUGAAGAUUUUGAAAUGAAAGUAGCACCUCAUGGGCCAGCUGUUCAAAUUGAUGAGACAUUUGAGGAAGGAGAGCUGUCAUUAUCGUUUGACUUGGUUCCUGCAAUUAAGUUUACCAGCUGGCCAAAAUGCUGCCAGGAAUGGUUGGAAAGAAAAAGAGCUUGGCCUCCGCAGGAUCUGGUGCAAGAAAUUGUCCAAGGAGGCUUUUAUCUUGUGCCAAAGGCAUCUCUAGGAGGCAAUGAAGAACUUGAGUGGCGCAUCUCUUUCUCCACAGCUGAAGGAAAACUGAUGAGAGCCAAGGGUCUUGGAAACAGAAACUACUGUUACCGCAUGUUCAAAAUGGCCAUCAAAGAAAAUAUUACCUCAACUUGCAAGCUUGUUACAACUUAUCACUUGAAGACUCUCCUUCUCUGGGCGAGUGAAAGGUACCCACCAGACAGAUGGUCAGAUGAGAAUGUUGCAUUGUGCUUUCUGGGUUUGGUGGAUGAUUUGUUACAUUCUUUGCUGACUUGCUCAUGUCCUCACUAUUUCAUCCCAGAACUGAACCUGUUUGCAAAUUGCAGUACGGACCACUUGCAUUCAAUUGCAAGCAAAGUGUCUGCCAUUCGUAAAUUUCCCUUGAGAUACCUCCAGAGACCAGGAGAAGAUGCAAGAGCAGGUUAUGAUAACUUCAUAUCAGCAAUGAAAGAAUGGGAAGAAAUGAACUUUCAACAGAUAUAAACCUUGCACCCAUUUUCCAUAUAUUUUUAAAAAAUGUACAAAAUAUCCAAAUUCCAUAGUCUACCCGUAACCCUUUAACUCCCAGAAGUGAUUAACAUAAAACUUCUCCCUACAAUAUCCAUACAUUCUUCAGCAAACAGGUAAUGAGAAUAUUCAAACUUGUCAGGUAGAAGCUGCUAUCUUGAUCUAGCAUCAAGUUCUCAUAACUAAUUUACAAGGAAAUGUUAAGCAGCUACAGGGGAGAAUUAACAUUCAGAUCUUGGGAGUUACAGGGUUAAAAAUUGCAGAAAAUUGACAAAAGUAUAUUAAACCAGAGACGUCAUUUUACUUUAGUAUUAGGAGUAAGGGGUGUCCAAUUGGGUUGUGGCAAUACAUAUAAUUAAACAGAAUCUAGCAACCAAUACCACUAGGUGGGUGCAUGUUUUGUUCAUCACAGGUAUGAUUACAGACUGACUUGGAAAACACAAUGAAAUUUCCAAGAAAAACAAACAAAUGGAAAACUUGUAGAAAUUGUGUUAAACUUUAAACAAAACUGUCGAUUAAGUUAUCGAAUAUCUUUUGCAGAGAGAUUUUCUAAUUUACUUAAAUCCUCCUAUGGGAAAUGGUCAAUUGUUGUCUGGGUUACUGUAAUAAAUUCAUUGAUUGAUAAAUUCAUAUGAAAGUACUCAGAAUAAUGCCUAAGGUUAAGAGUGAUUGGUUGAUUGUCUUUCUGGUGAAUCAGGAUUUCACUUUUUCUUUAUUCAUGCCCAAGUGAACAAAUUUUUUAUUUAAUUGAUACCUGUAAAUGAAGAGCUGAUUUAAACCUGAUUCAUGAGCAAUUUUGUUUGGCAUGAUGAAUUUCUGACUACUUUAUUCACAUGGAUUGAUAAAAGUUAUAAAACAGACCACAAAUGGUUCUUGAAACAAUAAGAUAAGACAUUACAUCAUCUUAUGUUGUUUAUUAAGACUGGUCAAGAGUAGGAAAUGUAAACAAUUAAUUCGUGAAUUUGUUUUUUUAUUGUAAUGUGAAAUGUAAUCAUCUCAAAUUUUGUGUGAAAGUUGAAGAAUUUUGGAUAUUAUGGUGAUGCCUGAGAGGCCAAAUAUUUUUACAUGAAUGUGUUUUACACAGGGGUAUGGGAGACCCUCUGAUUAGUACUGCCAGAUGGGAUGCUAGCUCCCUCGCAGGGUACCAUCCAACAUUUUGUCUGGUUUUGCUGAAUGUUUACCAAUUCCCAGUCACAUUCCCAAGUAGAGAGAUGCACUCGGAGAGUGAAGUGUCCUCUCAAAGAACACAAUACAAUGUCUCCAUCAGGGCUUGAGCUCAAACCCCAUUCCCUGGAUAAUUUGGUUUUAUCAACUGAGUUGAUGAUGAUGUAAAUUGGGCACAGUAAAGGAUUUCUAAGGCUUAACUUCUUUGGCCAAUUCACAUUAUCAACCCAAUUGAUAAAACCACAGUAUUUUGUUAUACCUCCCUCUGAUGCAGCACCGCAGUUCUUUAGAAAGUUAAUACCUAUAUUCUCUUUCCCUGGGCCAGGUUGUUGAGAGCUGGGUUAAGAUAACCUAGGGUUAGUGUGAAAUUUGAUUUCAGAUCUGAAAGCUUUAAAAGAAAUUCAGUUGAAGGCCAUUUGUGUACAAUUUUUUGAUUGAAUGCUCUAAAUGAAAAGAAUUAGGAACAUUAUCCCCAAACAGCAUUUGAACAGAGAAAUAUAGAAACUUGGAUUAAAAUUAAACCCUGGAUUAGCCCUAACUGGUUUUCAAACAACUGGGACCGGAGUCUGGCAUGCAAAAGGUUAAACCAAUAUGUCUCUAUCCCUCUUGGCAGAAGUUGGGGGUUGAUGAGGAAGAUUAUUAAUGAUAUACCUGAAAGGGGUAAAUCUCAUAUAAUUUAUUAGCUACAUAGGUAUGUGCUGCUCUAAACAGUAUGAUGUUUGGGUUGUUUUGGUCUGGAAAUUGAUAUGGAUUUGAAUUCCAUGGUCUUCAAUAUGCUAAAGUUUUUGAAGGAACCUCAUGAGUAUUUUAACAUAUUUGUCUUUUGAUAUUCAUAUAAAUAAUAAAAAAAGAAAAAUAACACAAAGAUAUCUUAUUGAGCCCAGUUAUUAAUAGAGUUUUAUCAAUUCUUGCUUUUGGCACUAAUGCAAAGCACAGCCUUUUCACCCCCAGGAGUGACCAAGACAGAUUUUCUCCUUACAGUAUCAAUACAAAAUCAAGCUGACAAGUGAUGAGAAUAAAGAAAAAUAUCAAUUAGAGGAUCCUCAGUUGAUAUAAUACCAAAUUCUCUAAACUAACAUCAUAUGAAAUGUAUGGUAGACAGUAAGAAGAAUUACUAUACCAGUGAGAUAUUGAGAAUGAAAGGGUUCACAGCACCACAUAAAGCAUCAUGCAAUUUCAAACCAAAUAAAACUGUUGGAAUCUCAGAAUCUUAGUGACUGAAAUUCAUUUUCUGGAUCAGGUAAAGAGAAAAUGCAAUCCACAUUCGUCAUUGAAUGUCCCUGUUCAGUGAGCUUACCUUUAUAACCAGUGUAUUCCUUCAAACUCUGCACCUCCUUCACAAACAAUUUUAUGUGAGUCCAAAAUAGGGGAUUCAGACCCCAAAAACGAACAGGUAGGGAACUGCUGUCGUUCUCUGGUUUAUCACUCAUGUAAGUAAUCGUUUCGUUCCACGGAGAUGAUAUGUAUUCUUAACUUUUAACGGGGAAACAUGAAUAAGGUUAUGUUUAUUAUAACAGUUACACAUUUCCCGCGCAAGCGAGGCUGGGAGUCUGGGAAUUAAUUUUCGUGUAACGCCUGGUCAAUUUCAACAAUUUCCCCUUUAGUGCGUUCUUUAGCCUCUUGAUUGUAGUAAGGGUCAAAAGUCACACUUAUAUUGUUUGUAAUACAAUAGUUUUCAAAUUUUAUUUAAAUGAUAUGGACAACCCAAAUACCGAAGGCAUCAUUCAAGCAAGACCGGUUUAUCUCUCAAGUGCGUUCAACAUGGAAGAUGUCCCAAAGUUAGGGAGGCGACCUGACGAUGCAAUAUCAAGAGAAGAGCAGGAGAAGAACAUGGAGGCCGCAUUCGGUAAAAUUCUUGACAGUAUAGGAGAGGAUCAAACUCGCCAGGGCUUAUUAAAAACGCCCUCUCGGGCAGCGAAGGCAAUUUUGUAUUUUACGAAGGGAUACGAGGAGACAAUUUCUGGUGAGUUUUAUAAAUCUAGUUGAGAUUUCCUUUCCUUACUUGGUUUGGUAAGACUAGCAAGACCCCGAUGACGGGUUAAACAUACUGUGAUUUCACGUUAGUAAAUUAAUCUUUAAAGAGUCUUUUCGUCGCUUAUUAAAUACGCGAGUCUUAUGUUAAUAAACUUUGGAAAACUUAAAAUACUCCAACGUAAUGCCUUGCAUACUGCACUAAUUACACGCUUAUUAUUAAGAAGACAUUUGAAGUGUAAAAACCAUUAGAAAGUAUUUAAAAAGUAAUUAUCUGAUUUUCUUUUCAAGCUGCAUGAAAAGUUCUAUGGUUUAUGUUACGGCAUCCUUGGUGUCCAAUAGGCAUGGGAAUACCUAUUUAUACACACUAGGAAAAUGCAUUAAAUUCAAAGAAACUUUUACCCGUUUUUACUUUUUUGUCAUUUUGUUUGCAUCUUCACCUACUAUUGUUGAUGAUACAAGGAACUGCAAAUGAGAAGUCAAUCACUUUGGGUUGCUUCAUCAGUAAAGGCAGUAUAGCUCUGGAGGAAAAUUAUGGGAGAGGAAAGAUAUUUCUGCAGUACCUGAAGUUUAAAAAGAAGGCCCUCUCUGUGACUAUUAAAAAAAAAGAUUUGAAUUAAAGGAUUAAUUUUAUAAAGAAAAUAAAAAUAUCCUUAAAUAUUUUCAGUCAUAAACUUAGUAAAUCAUGAUUCAAAGGGUGCUUUUUAAAUUAUUAAUUUUUUUUGCAACCUCAUGCCAAUCUGGCCCUAAUUUUUUUUUUGAUCUGUGUUCAAUGCAUUAUUCUCUCUACAGAUGUUCUUAAUGAUGCUGUAUUUGAUGAAAAUCAUGAUGAACUUGUCAUAGUGAAGGAUAUCGAUAUGUUCUCCUUGUGUGAACAUCAUUUAGUGCCAUUCAUGGGAAAGGUAACAAUCGAAUCUACUACAAUUUUGACUCUCAAAAACACAAGUAAUGAUAGAUAUUUAAUAAUGUAAUUUUUAUGGAAAUUCACACCAUGCAACUUUUAUACACAUAUUCAACUGCGCCUAACAAUGGCUUAAUAUGGAAUUAAGCUUUAUUUUUCUAGAUGAAGAUGAAGAUUUGUCUUUACUUAAUGAUUUUUUAUCUUAUUGCAAGUCAUAGUAAAGCUUUUAUGGACUCAAAUCACACAUCAAUCAUAAGUUGGCCAUUUAAAUUUCGUUUAUUUUUGGGACUGCCCUUCCUAAAGGUCUACUAUGCAUAAUCCAGAAUCUAUAAAAGCUUUAUUAUGACUUACAAUAAGAUAAAACAUCAUCAAGUAAAGACAAAUCUUCAUCUUCGUCUAGAAAAACAGAGCCACCAAAAGUUGACUCUCAGCUAUCGGCAGCUCUAUUUUUCUAGAUGAAGAUGAAGAUUUGUCUUACUUAAUGAUGUUUUAUUUUAAAUUGCAAUUCAUAAUAAAGCUUUUAUGGACUCAAAUCACACAUCAAUCAUAAGUUGGCCAUUUAAAUUUCAUUUAUUUUUGGAACUGCCCUAAAGGUCUACUAUGCAUAAUCCAGAAUCCAAAUAAUAUUUUUAAUCAGGCUGGCUAAAAUAGGGUAGAAGUGUAUGGAAAUAUAAAAAAUUUUUGUGGUUUCAGCGAACCUCUUGGAUAGCCGGCCAACAAAUUGCAUGCAUUUUUCGAAAUUUUGAUCUAGAUGAAGAUGAAGAUUUGUCUUACUUAAUGAUGUUUUAUCUUGACUUGCAAAUAAUUUUAAAGCUUUUAUGGACUCAAAUCACACAUCAAUCAUAAAUUGGCCAUAUAAAUUUUAUGUAUUUUUGAGACCACUCCAUGUGCUUGUUAGAUCAAAUUUUCAAAAAUGCAUGCAAUUUGUUGGCUGGUUAUUCAAGAGGUUUGCUGAAACCACAAAAAUGUUUUAUGUUUCCACGCACUUAGACUCAGGGCGUGAAAUUGCGCCUAAUACAGGUGCCAAUGCGACUAAAUUUUUCACUUUGACGACCAAAUCCUGAAAGUUAGUCGCCAAAUUGGCAACUAGAACGUUUCAUCAUAACCUUACCAAGAGAUAUAGUAAAUCAAAAAGAUUUGCAAAGAUAAAUCCGCGGCAAACUUCCUCAUUAAGUUUGUUUCUAAAACGUAGCACGUGCUUCUCAAUCGACAACUAGACGCCAUCUUGGAUUUAGAUGAGCCUGAAAGUUGUAUAUCAUCCAUCCUAGUGUCCACUUUGUAGCACGUUAAAGAUCUUUUCCCUAACUUAAUUUUGGAGGGUCUAUCUAGAACGCUGACAGCGUAAAGAAAGAUUUUGUUUGUCUUUGAAAAUGGCGACCAACUUUUUUUGAAUUGGCUACCACUUUGAAGAAUUUAGGAGCCAAGUGGCUAUCAGAAAAAAAAGUUAAUUUCACGCCCUGCACUUCUACCCUAUUUUAGCCAGUCUGAAUAAAAUAUUAUUUGGAUUCUGGAUUAUGCAUAGUAGACCUUUAUGAAUGAACACAUGGGGCAGUCUCAAAAACAAAUAAAAUUUAUAUGGCCAACCUAUAAUUAAUAUGUGAUUUGAAUCCAUAAAAGCUUUAUUAUGACUUACAACAAGAUAAAACAUCACUAAGUAAAGACAAAUCUUCAUCUUUAUCUAGAAAAAUGGAGCCACCAAAAGUUGACUCUCAGCUUUUGGCAGCUCUGUUUUUCUAGAUGAGGAUGAAGAUUUGUCUUCACUUAAUUAUGUGCAUGGAAACAUAAAACAUUUUUGUGGUUUCAGCAAACCUCUUGAAUAACCAGCCAACAAAUUGCAUGCAUUUUUGAAAAUUUGAUCUAACAAGCACAUGGAGUGGUCUCAAAAAUACAUAAAAUUUAUAUGCCCAACUUAUGAUUGAUGUGUGAUUUGAGUCCAUAAAAGCUUUAUUAUGAUUUGCAAGUCAUAGUAAAGCUUUUAUGGACUCAAAUCACACAUCAAUCAUAAGUUGGCCAUAUAAAUUUUGUUUAUUUUUUAGACUGCCUCGUGUGUUCAUUCCUAAAGGUCUACUAUGCAUAAUCCAGAAUCCAAAUAAUCCAAACCAUCACAAAUGUCAUUGACAAAGUUGUGAAAUUUCAAUUUACCAAAAUGACUGUUAAAAACUUGCAUUGUGUAAUUUUACUCUUUCAUGAAUGAGCAAUCUUCAACAAUUUGUGAUAGUUUCUUAACCAAACUUGAUUUGGUGUCUCUUGAGUUAUACGGGAUUUCAAAAUGCUUACACAUUUCCUUGAGCAUCGUAACCUUGAAAAACUAAAGUUUGUUUUCAAAUGCCAAUUUGCAAAGGUUGUAGACAUCAUGCAUCACUCACUGCUUGACACCUAUUUCAGAUUGUAUGGCUACACUGGCUUUCUUGAGCAUCAUGGGAGGUUUCCUUGCCAUCUGAUUUCUUUCCUUCUUCAGAGAGUUGCAAAAAAAAUCCCUGGAUUUGAAGCUUUGAAAGUUGUUCCAUUCUAUAAAACAUUCAUGUUAGCUGCUUGUGCAGGAUCUUCCUUCCUCUCAAUUUUUUUUUACUAAAUCAAUAAUCCAUCUGGUUUAUUUCUUGUUUGUUUUUUUUUAAUAUCUUCUCUCCGACGUUUUUAUGCUAAUAUAUAGUUUAUAACCACAAAAGAGGGGACCUUUCAUUAAAUAAGUUCUAGUAGUGAAAUUUUAUUAGAUUAAAGGUUUCAUUUUCAGAACAGUUUCUAAAUGAACAACAUGAAAUAUUCUGAAUAAACCUGAAUCUUGUCAUAGCUGCUUGAUAUAAAUAUAUGUAUUGUUCUUCCCUUAAUUAGCAAAACAAAGUGUGAAUUUUAUCAGUACCAAAAAAAAUCAGCUAAUUGCUUUUUAAAUACUUUCUAAUGGUUUUUACACUUCAGAUGUCUUCUUAAUAUUAAGUGUGUAAUUAAUGCAGUAUGCAAGGCAUUUCGUUUGAAUUUUAAUGUUGAAUAAUUAAUCUUAUUGAAUAAUCUUAUUAACAUAAGACUCACAUACUCAAUAAGCAACAAAAAGACCCCUCAAAGAUAGACUCCUGGGCAAAGUUUGAAAGAAAUCGAUUUUUCGACCUGAAAUGCACCAGACCACUGUUAGAGAGACUGCUUCUAAAAACUGCUAUACAAUCAAUGCAUAACAAUACAUAUGAAAAUAUAAAAUCAGGACUAACUAAUUAUAAGCAAAAAAAACUUAUUAAUGCCUUUUCAAAAAAAAGUGAUCUAGUCUUCAUUUAAAUAUCAUAAAAAUAUUGAAAUAUAUCAAAUUGAAUUCGAAAGCAAAUGAGUAUUUUCAUGGGUAUCAUGUUCUUCUCAGUAAUAUGAGUUUUAUGGAAGGAGGAUGAAUAUUUCCUGUGAAAAAUUAUUGUCUUUUCAUUGACAGGUUCAUAUUGGCUAUAUACCCAACAAGAGAGUAUUGGGACUGAGUAAACUUGCUAGGUAAGGUAUGAAGGUAGAAUUUGAAAUCCAGCAUUAACUGACCACAAUGUGAAGGAAUGAUUCCCUAUUCCCUAUCAUUAGUAUGCAAUCCAUAUUGUCCAUACUGUUCCCUGUACUCUUCCUAAGGAGCUGACAAGGAGAAUUUGUUUGACAAUCAAGGGUUUGUUUAGUUAGUGACAAUUUUCUUUAUUCUUGUGACCUAAAUGUGUGAUUCAGGGGAGUUAUUGUAGGGAGAAAUUAGAUGCUAGUCACUCUUAACGGUCAGAGGGUACAUCAUGUAUGGAGAGGUUAAUAUUAUAUAGUUAUCAAACUGAUAAGUGUUUGUUCAUCACAGGAUUGUGGAAAUUUUCAGUCGUCGUUUGCAAGGUAAGUGUGGAAUACUGCCAAUUUAAUAUGAUAUGAAAUUGACAGUAUAUGUUAAUGUCAAUUAUCAGUGACAAUAUGUGGAUUGGAUAUCUUUUUAUCCCAUUGGAAGAGGUGGUGACAGAUUCUUAGAAACAAUACUUUUAUGAACAAUUCAGAUUCAAGUAAUUGACAAAAAUUCAGGUAGCCUUCAAUUCUCUCUCUGACCAGUUUGAGUCAAGGCUUUUAAAUUGUAAGAACUCCACUGGAGCUGAUGAGUGGCAAAAAAAAACCAUCCCAAUAUUUUGUUACUCCAGUUGAAUAGUUAGACUUCAAUAGUUAUGAGAUGAGUAUUAAUGAACUUAACCAAUUUUAAUUCUGAUGUUUUGCACUAAGAUUAAGUUUUUUUUUUAAAAAAUUUUUGUUAAUGAUUCCCUUUUUCUUUUAGUUCAAGAACGUUUAACAAAACAGAUUGCCAUGGCUUUAACUGAAGCUGUCAAUCCAGCUGGCGUGGGGGUGGUCAUUGAAGCCACGUAAGUAUGAUGCAGUGAUGAGCUGAAAGGAUUAAUAAUGUUAAUAGGACCGAGUGGAGUCCAAAAAAAAAUGAUUAACAAAUCAGAUGAUCAAGAAGAGGCUGGGAGUACCAUUUGUCAAUCAUGAGUAUGAUUACAGACAGAAUUGGACAACACAAAGUCCUGUUACCAACUGAUCAUAACGGUUACAAUUUCUAAAAAAAAAAAAUUUUGGGAUGAACAUCUCUGCUAGAGAGUGUUUAAAGUGAAAAAUUCCUCUAUUUUGGAAAUUCCCCAGUUUUUUUUCCUUUUUUUAGGAUAAGCUUCAACUGUCCAAUUACAGGUGUCCGAUUACAGCCAACUGUCUGAUUACACUUUCCGAUUACAACUGAAUGAUUAAUGAAGAAUAAAGCAGCUAAUGCACCAAUCACAUUUGAAAUGUCAAGGAUGCACAGGAACCUUUUAGUUUAAAUAUGCAAAGCUUUGUAUCCUGAUCCAAAUUCACAGUACAGAUGUUUUUCAAGGUUAGGUCAGUGACUCCAAGCAACAAGUCUCAGAGACACAUCUAAGGGGGAGGUUACCAUGUAAAACACGGAGAAUUUUGCCAUUAUCUUUGUCCUUGCAACCGAAUUAUGUACCCAGAAAAAGUUACAUACUGAUAAUCCAAAAUAGUUUCAGUUGGUAUUUUUUCUGGGUCAGACUAGAGCAUCUGGAAAUUCCUUCUUAGGCCUAGUACUCCCUAUGUUUCAAUUAUAGUGAUUCUUUUUACUAUCUGUCGCACUUUUCUUUUGUUAAUUUUGAGAAUAAGAGUUCGAUCAAAUGAUAUUUUCUGAUUGAUAUGUUUCUUUAUUCUUAUUACCUGUUUGUGUGUAAGUUUAUUUAUGUUGUUAGGAGAAAUUGCUUCAUGAUCACUUGGAAGGGUUGAGCACUGCCAACUAAGAGUUUUCCCCCAUUAACCCUUUAACUCCCAGAAGUGAUUAACAUAAAACUUCUCCCUACAAUAUCCACACAUUAUUCAGCAAACAGGUAAUGAGAAUAUUCAAACUUAUCGGAUAGAAGUUGUUAUCUUGAUCUAGCACCAAGUUCUCAUAACUAAUUUACAAGGAAAUGUGUAGCAGCUAGAGGAGAGAAUUAACAAUCAGAUCUUGGGAGUUAAAGGGUUGUUAAUGACCAAGGCAGAAUUUCUCCUUACAAUAUUAAACAGGCAAGUGAUUAGAAUAAGGAAAAAUAUAAAUUAGCAGAUUAUUAGUUGAUCCAAUACCAAAUUCUCCAAUCUAACAUCAUAAGAAUUGUAAGGAAGACAGUUAGGAGGAUUAUUUAUGAGAUCUUGAGAGCAGAAGGGUUAUUAAAUGUACCUUACUAUUUCUUUCAUUGAAUGUCUUAGACACAUGUGUAUGGUUAUGCGAGGGGUGCAGAAGCCAAGUAGCAAGACUGUGACCAGUUGCAUGGUGGGAGUGCUGCGAGAGGAUCCUCGAUCACGUGACGAGUUCUUGACCCUAAUUAGAAAAAGCAAUAUAUGACUUGUUAUUCAUUUGUUGUUGAAGUAUGGAUUUUAUUUAAUAACUACUGUAUUUCUAUAAAUAAGCACCUGCACUUUAAUGAACUCCCUCCACCUGAUAAGCACCCAUGUCCAAGGCCACAAUUUCAAACAAGUGCCACUCACUAAUAAGGGACCCCCCCCCCCCUUCCUCCCUUACUGACAUAAUGGUUGGGAAGUAAGGAAAACCUGUUGUUGUUGCCACUUGAUUUAUACCUUUUAACUGAUUAGGCUGCAACUUUAGAAUUAGUAAAAGAGUAUAGUUUCUUUUUCUGUGAAAGUCAGUUCAAGUUAUUCUUAGCUCUAUAUGAUUGCUGCGUUCCUUUAGGAAGGUAAUCUUUUCUUUUAAUUUUUUGUCUUUUUGCUGCACUCACUCUGUAAGUGCCCCCACUCAAUUAAAUGCCUUCCUUCUAAGAAGGGCCCCUUCUUUAAGCCAAAGUUUUAUUAAAGUGCUGUGCGCUUAUCUAAGGAAAUACAGUAUUUUCUUGUUCUCUGUUCUCUAAUUAUCACUGAUCAAAUCUUUUGCAAACACUGCUAAAUGGGAAAAUAAUGGACAUUCUUAUAAUUUGUCAUACGUGCAGUUUAUUGCACCCAUAUAUAUGCGAAUAUUCAAGAUAACGCUGCCAGAAUAUAAUAUAAUUUUUACGUGUUAGAAUUGCUUAUUUAUGUUUGUAAUAUUUGAGUAAGAAUUCUGAAUGGAAUUAUUCGAGAUAAUUUUUUAAAGGAAGACCUAUUCAGUAUUUAACUUAAGUGUUAUACAGUAUUCUGAAUGGAAUUAUCCGAGAUAAUUUUUUAAAGGAAGACGCAUUUCGUAUUUAAUUUAAGUGGUAUACAGUAUUUAUCAAAUUUUGAGGAAAUCCAAGCUAUAGCUGUAUGUCUUGGAAAAAAAACAGUGACAAUAAGUGGUUUUUGUUUGAAUGCACAUAUUUGUUUAAUUGAGCUGUUGGAAAGUGAACUUUGUCAAUAUUUACCCUUUAGACCUCGUUCUUUUUAUGCAUUUUUAUGGACCUCGACUUCGUCUCGGUUCAUUAAAAACGCAUGAAAAAAAAAAAAAAAAAAAAAAAGGGCCGCGGUCAAUAUCCAGCCAUUUUGACCUAACGCUUGAUCAUUAACACAUAUUUGUUUAUUCGCCACCACAUGAUCUUACAUCGCUGAAAGUAAGUCUCUAACCCUGUUUAAAAAGCGUGUCUCUGUGAAGACUAAUACCUGAGAGUUCCCGACGAUAAUUAUUCUGGCCAGCUUGAAUACAUCCAUCGUGGUAAAACGACUAAGAAAAAUUAAAACUGUUUCUGAC